AGACAAUUUCCAUCUCUUCCGUCUUCCAUUCUUCGCCACCAUCCAAAUUUGCAGUCGUCCCCUUCGCAAUCUGCAGUCCUCUUCCAUUCUUGAGAAGGAGAGUGCAGAAGCCAAUUGGGCUUUUGCUUGAAUUGCUGAUUCUUACAGGUGGCUAUGGAGUUGCAGUACUUUUUUUAUACGGAGUACUCUCUCCCUCCUUCCCUCAAUAAUAUUCCACUCUACUGUUAAAUCCCAAAAUCAAAUUUCUACUGCUGAAUGGAUAUUUUUUCCGGUUCAUUCAACGCCCACUACUCACUACCUCCUCCGUUCUCAGCCUCCAUCCUCGCCGGAAAGACCCAGCCAACAACAACCGCAUCUUCCCCCAUUCGUUCAUUGAAACUCCUUAGGGACUCCACAGACAGUUCCCGGCUCAUCACUUCUUCGUUCUCAUCUACAGUCCUCCGCCGCCCGACCCUUCACAAUCAUUCCCGGACAAUCUCCAAUUCCACGGACUCUAAAUUCCCCAAGAAUCCCCUCAAGAAUCUCAUCAAGUCCAUCCCUCCCCCUCCCACUAUCCCUUCUCCUGCUUCACGGCCCCCACCCCCAUCUUCGCCUCAUACACUGUCUAGCAAGCUCUGGCUGUCCAGUAAGCUCUCCCCACCGCCCCUGCCGCCUCCACCCCAAGAAACAGUUAUAGAAGAAGAUGAAAAUAAUUUUGCUGGAAAUUCAGAAAACUCGGAGUCCGAAGGAAUGGUACCAGGAGAUGAAUUUAGGGAGAAAGGGAAGAUCUUUGUGGGGAAUUUACCAUUGUGGGUCAAGAAAAGCGAGGUUAAGGAGUUCUUUAGGCAGUUCGGGCCGAUAAAAACUGUGAUUUUGAUAAAAGGCCACCAUGAAACUGACAGAAACAUGGGGUUUGGGUUUGUCAUAUAUGAAGGGUCCAUGGCUGAGAAGGCUGCAGUGAAUGCUGUCGAGUUUGACGGGGUUGAGUUUCAUGGGAGGGUGUUAACUGUGAAGUUGGACAAUGGAAGUAGGCUGAAAUCCAAAAGAGAGGAGAGGGUGAGAUGGGUUGAGGGAAAAGAUGAAAAAGAGUACAAGUCCAAGUGGCAUGAAGAGAGGGAGGGUUCCAGAAUGGAUUUGAGGAAAGUUUUAGAAUCAUAUCCGGAUAAUUGGCAAGCAGUUGUACAAGCCUUUGAGAGAAUAAAAAAGGUAUCAUGGCUUUCUUUNUGCUGUCGAGUUUGACGGGGUUGAGUUUCAUGGGAGGGUGUUAACUGUGAAGUUGGACAAUGGAAGUAGGCUGAAAUCCAAAAGAGAGGAGAGGGUGAGAUGGGUUGAGGGAAAAGAUGAAAAAGAGUACAAGUCCAAGUGGCAUGAAGAGAGGGAGGGUUCCAGAAUGGAUUUGAGGAAAGUUUUAGAAUCAUAUCCGGAUAAUUGGCAAGCAGUUGUACAAGCCUUUGAGAGAAUAAAAAAGGUAUCAUGGC